AUGAGUCUCUUCGGCAGACAGGAGGUUGGUUUUUUUAUUUUUUUGAGAUAGGAAAAUCGAUGAAAAGCUCAUUUAGUCCAUUCGCCUCGGCCUAAUGCAUAAUUUAGACAAGCUCUGAACGAUUAACGAAAAUUGGCUCAAAAGAAAGAUUUUUAGCAAGCCUUUAGGCUCAUAAGCCCUAAAUUCUCAAAAGAACUUGGCAUAUAUCAUUUAUAAAACCUCAGAAGCUGUACCUGAAGAGGUAUGAAAUUUUUACAACCUAUAAAAAAACUUCAGGUAGUAUAUGAAAAAAAUCAGUGAAAAAAAUAUUACAAGGCCUGAGGCAAAAGUAGAGACUAUUUUAAAUAUUAAAAAAAUGGUAUUCAUAAAGAAGAUCUUGACAUUUAUGUAAGACUUUUUUUGGAAGGUAGCGUUAAGUAGCAUAUAUAAACCUAACAAAAAUAUUUUUUUGGUAUUUUUUUAAAAAGCGCAAAACUCUUGACUUCGAAAACUUCACCUGAAGAUUAUUUAUUGCCUUCAGAUCAAAAAAGAGUGAUCAAUAAUAGGCUAAAGACUUUAGUUUCAUUCUUCCAUUCUUAUUGAAUCUUCAGAUCGCUCGCUUCUUGGAUGCCGCUGAAAGAGGCAACUUGGCCGUGGUGAAACGGUAUCUGAGCGAAGGAAUGGAAGUCGACGCGAUUCCUGGCGGCUUCUCCCAACAAACCGCCCUCCAAAAAGCCGCCUUCAGAGGACAUUUAGAGCUCCUUUGCGUUCUGCUCGAGGCAAAAGCCAACAUUGAAGCCAAGGAUCUGGUGGGUUUUGGUUUUAAAAGCCUCUUCGAAUUCUAAAAGUGGCUUUUUUUCCAGAUAUUGAAAUUAAGAAACAAAAAACUACGAUGCUUUUAAAUUCAGGAGGCUUUUUUUGAAAAUCUAAACAAAAAAAGUAGAUUCAUAUCAUUAUCCCAUUUAUAAUCGACUUUUCGAGAAAAAAAUAUCCCUUGCGUGACGCAGAAUUAUUUGUUCUCGAAGAUAACCAAGAAGUUAGAAAAAAAUAAUAUUUUAAAACUUAUUUAAAUAUUAUCAAGUUCUAAAUUGCAGCACAACCGAACAGCCUUGAGACUAGCAGCAGAAAAUGGACACGUUUCCUGUGUUUCGUAUCUUCUCGAAAAAGGCGCCGAUUUCAAUAAUGUUGGAUCGGUGGGGACUACAUCCUUUCUCAUGUGAAAAAUGUGGAAUUUGAACUUUUUUUCAAAAAAAAAAAACACUGUAUUUAAAAAUUGAAACUUUGAGAGUAGAGACCAAAGAUAUACUUUCGCUGAAGAACUGAAUAAACGGAGAAAAAUGGUGUAAACUGGGAAAAUUGUUAGUGGCCACUAUAGAGGUUCACCAAGGACUACUGGGAGAUGACACUGAAGUGGCCACUAAACCCACCUCUAUAGUGGCCACUUUUUUUCCGUUUCAGUGGCCACUAUAGAGGUUCUCCACUUAGUGGCCACUUCAGUAGUUUUUCAUCCAGUAUUCCUUCCAGUAACUCUGAUAAUUUUAAAACAAACAGGUUGGAUCAGUUCUGUUGAUCCAUUGACCCCUAAAGUGGCCACUAAAAUUUUUAGUGGUCUAGUAGUAGCAGUUAGACCUCUAUAGCGGCCACUAACACUUCAAAACCCUAAAGUGGCCACUAAAAAUUUUCCCAGAAUAUUUUAUACUCCGUUUUUGGCGACUUCUCUGCGCCCUCCUCGUCUCUCUACGUCUCUCUCUUGUUUACGUGCUCUUUUCAUUUUUCUCUGACUUUUUCGGUGAGGGAACAGAGAGACGCAGACACUCAAAACUACCAAGUCGCGAAAAACGGACUAUGUUCAUUCUUCAUUUCAAUUAGACUGAGAGAAAUUUUAGUGGUCCCUUAAGAGGUUUCUCAAGGACACUUAGAUGGCCACUAAAAACUCUAUUUUGCCUCUUGGUCGCGUUUCAAAAAAAAAAAUUUAAAAAAAAGCUUUUUUUAGCCUUCAUAAGCCAGAGUUCCAUAUAUAAAGUUGUAAAAAUUAAAUUCAUUCGAAAAAAAAAAGAAUUUAGAUGGGCGAAACGGCUCUUAUUGACGCGGCGAGCAACGGAAAGAUUGAAGUCGUCGAUUUUUUUCAUCAAAAAAAGGAUAUGACAUCAACAAAAAAAGACAAUGUUAGUUUUCUAUAUCUAGAACUGUCCUUUUUGCAAUUCUCAAAGUAGUUCCAAAAAUCCAAAAAUUUUUUUAUCUUGUUAUCUUUUUUUCACUCUCUGACGGCUUCUUUGAACUCGGGCAAAGUCGGAAUGGUAGAUAAUGGCCGCUAAAGGGGAGAGGCUCAAAAAAGGCAGCAAAAAGGGUCCCUUUACCGAGCCUUCCAUUUUUUUCUGGGAUUUUGAAGGCCUAAGAAAUGGUGGAAAGUGAGAGGUAGCAAAAAUGGUGCAUAAGGGCCGAGAAAAUGGCGGUAAAAGGCAGCAAAAAAGGAGCCUUUUUCCACCUUUUCCGACUUUGCCUAUGUAUGAAUAUCCUUCUGAACACUGAAUUAAUUUUUAAAUAUUUUAUUUACAGAAUGACCUGGUUGCUCUCCACUUUGCAGCGUCGGGAGGCCACUGUUCCACUAUUCAGCUUUUGCUGGAUAAUAAAUGCAAUAUAAACGUUUUGGACAAGGUCAGUCGAAAAUCACAAGAAAAGCUUCAAAUUUUUAACUUUAGUCAGAUCUAGGCGGUGAAAAAAAGACUUUUAAAGCCAUAUAGAAACCGCCUUUGGCGAACUAGAAGUCCAAACGUGUAGUCGCACGCAGCGGAACAGCGGAAUGUCGUUCCGUGAAAUUUCAAGUCGUGGCACAGAAUAUAUUUCAAAAGUCCUUGUUCAUCGCCUAGUCGAUUACAUCUGACAAAAACAACAAAUUUAAUUAUUACGCUGGGAUUUUACUUCUUACCAUUUGAACAAAGAUUUCCAGGAUGAUCAAACUCCGCUACACGCGGCGGUUUACUAUGGCCGUUUGGACGCUGCUAAGCUUCUAAUCGAAAAAGGAGCCGACGUCAAUCGAAAAGAUAAGGUAGGCUUUCAAAUGGAGCUUCUUGCGAACCAAAAAAUGGCUCUUUUGUUUGAAAUGACAAAAUCGAGUAAGAAACUUUUGAAUAUUUAAAAUCCACUUCUUGACUUUUGAAAGAAAACACCGAACUCAUGAAAAAAAAACUAUAAAAUUUGCUGCUCAAAUUACACGUCAAAAAGCUUUCAAGAGACAAAAAUGACCGGUCAAAAGGCUCUUACGUUAAGGAAUUCGAAUCCAGGUUAAAGAAACGUCGGAAACUUUUUCCGAACCUUUAUAGCCCAUUCCGCGUCACGAUUUCCGUUUUCCUUUGAGCUAAAUUCCCUUCGAAGGGCGCGAUAUUUAUAUCUGCCUGCGCCUUUAAUAUAACUGAAGUCAUAGGCCAAAUGUAGUCCUUUUUCCCGACUUGAAAAACUUCUCUGCGCCCUCCUCGUCUCUCGGUGACCCUCUUUUGUUGACGCGCUAUUUUCGCGUUUCUGUGACCUCGCCGGUGAGGGAACAGAUAGACGCAGACACGCAAAAAGUGUCAAGUCGCGGUGGACGGACUAUAAGAUCCGCAGGCAGAGAAAGCUUCGAAAAAAUGAUUCUCUAGCUCGGAGGGAAACGAAAAUCAACACAAGCUGGUGCGAGAUAAUAAAUUGUAUCAAUUUUUCACUGAAAAAAUUGUUCUGGAAAGCCUUUUCCGCUCCAAACUACAGAACCCUUCGGGGAUGGUUCCCUUCUAUGCGCGCGGCCUGUCUCUGAUCAUGCGCCUUUAAUAAAUAAAUUAAAGGCGCACGCACAGAGACAGUCUGUUCACAUUACAGCGAAGGAUCCUGUAGCCUCGAGGGAAAAUAACUCGUGACAACCUUGGACUAUAGGAAAAUUCUCAACUUCAGAACGAAGACACCGCCCUGCAUCUCGCCGUGGAAAAGGGCCAUACGGGAAUCGUUCAGGCUUUAUUGACGGGCGGAGCUGAUAUCAACAUUCCCAACAAGGUCAGUGAACUACGCCUUGAUUUUCUGAUGAAAGAAGGUUUUAAGAGAAAACAGACAGCCUUUGAAUUGGCCAAGAGGUCCGGCGGUUGCGAAGCCAUCUUCAUGGGCUACUUGUCCAUGCUUCUACAGCGCAUGCCUACUGGAGCGGUAUUUCUUUUUUUCAACCUUGGGGGGCAUAACAAAUGUUUGAGAUUACCUGAGAAAUAUAGAAUCUUUACAGCUUCUCGGUAGAUUUUUUAAAUUUUUCACUUAUUAAUCGAGCCUUGAAAUAUGUAAGAAUCAAGAUCAAAAGUUCCAAAUUUCGAUGGCUUCCAAACUUUUUUUGAUCCUGUUUUUGCAAAAAACAUUGUCAAAAAACUAAUUUUUUUUUCGAACUCUGCUCUGAAUUAUUUUUGAAUCGACUUUUUGUGAAGUACUGAAACCUGUGAUUUUUCAAUUUUGAACGCUAAAAAUCGAAAAACUUCGAGCAAUUUUAAUAAUUCCUCCAAGCUUCAUGGGAAAAUUGAUGUUACUUUAGAAAUUUUAACCAUUCAGAAGAAGAUAAGAAGUCCGAAAAUUAAUAAAACCAUAGAAAAUCGAGGAAUAUAUUCACGGCUGGCUUGAGCCAUCAAAAAAGGGUCCUGACACGAUAAUGCACGAGACAUUGUCUGGCUCGUGGAGAGCGCAGACAAGCCACGCCCCCUCGUCCUAAGCUAGCCGUGAAUCAGCUAUAAAUUUGAAGAUUAAUAACUGUUCAAAGUUUUCUAACUUUCCAGGGGCCCAGCGGAAACUCUAACGCAAACGUUCAAAAAGAAAAAGAAACCUUGGAGGAAAAGGCGAAAAGAUUGGAACAGAAGGAGGAAGAGCUGAGAAGGCUACAGAAGGAGUUGGACGAGGAAAGGAAGAAACUUUCAAAUGACUUUGAAUAUAUUUCUUGA